CCCUGUCCGCUGGCAUCAUGAGCGGCCGUAGCAGGGGUCGAAGGUCUUCCCGCGCCAAAGGCCGGGGCAAAGGCCGAGCCAGACCCCGGGUCCGCGCCGCCGAGGACGACUCCUGGCGUGAUGCGAAGUCGCCGGAGGACCCGGAGCUCGGGGAGGACGACGCGGCCGAGCAGGUGCAGGCCGGAGCUGCUCAGGGAGGCUCCGGAGCAGCCGAGCUCGGGGACGACGCGGCCCGCCGCCUCCCGCUGGACUGCGGCCUGGCGCUGCGGGCCCGGGCUGCGAGCGAGCGCGGGCUGGCGGCCCCUGACCCAGAACUGGAGAGGGCCGCAUCCAUCGCCGAGCGCCUGACCUCUGACACCGAAUUCGUGGGAACCGUGGGGGCCUUGGCGAGGCUGCGGCGCGGCUCCCGCCUUGGAAAUCGGCGAGUCCCCGGGAGGAAGGCCUCAGAUAUUCGGAGCGCCGCGGGGAGGGGACAUCAGGCCACAGUCAGUGGGAAACCAAAGAUGGGCUCUGCGGGGCCAUGUGUCGCUGUCCCAGUGGGGGAGGAGAGGAAGGUGGCAGAGAAGCAUGCUGGGUCAGGGUCCUCCGUGACAGUAGGGAGCAUGGAUACCCUGGAGACGGUCCAGCUAAAGCUGGAGACCAUGAAUGCACAGGCCGACAGGGCCUAUCUCAGGCUCUCUCGCAAGUUUGGCCAGUUGCGACUUCACCAUUUAGAGCGCCGGAACCUCCUUAUCCAGAGCAUCCCCGGCUUCUGGGGGCAAGCUUUUCAGAAUCACCCCCAGCUGUCAUCUUUUCUGAAUACCAAAGAUAAGGAGGUAUUGAGCUACUUGAACCGACUGGAGGUGGAAGAGCUUGGCCUUGCUAGACUGGGCUACAAAAUCAAGUUCUACUUUGGCCGAAACCCCUAUUUCCAAAAUAAGGUGCUCGUCAAGGAAUAUGGGUGUGGUCCCUCCGGUCAAGUGGUGUCUCGCUCAGCUCCAAUCCAGUGGCUCCCAGGUCAUGAUCUACAGUCCCUAAGCAAUGAAAACCCGGAAAAUAAUGGUAGCUUCUUUGGGUGGUUUUCAAAUCACGGCUCUAUUGAAUCUGACAAGAUUGUUGAGAUAAUCAACGAGGACCUGUGGCCCAAUCCUCUACAGUACUACCUGAUCAGCGAAGAUGCCCGUGGAGAGAAAGGAAAGGAAGAAAAGCCAGGUCCAGCAAAGCAGCCUGCGGAGAUGGCUGAGCCUAGGGUGAAGCAGCCCAAGUGAUGCUGUGGAGAUCUCCCUCCUACCUCCUGCUGUCAGGCUGGCCACGUUUGGUUGUCAGCCUUGUGUUCAUGCCAUCUCAUAAGAUGUACACGGUAGCCAUCUUGAACUUUUCAAGAAUGUGGCGUUUGUGAUCAUGCUUCCCCAUCUUUGCUUCCCCAUGGCCUCACCUUGACACGAGUGUCACAUGUUGUGUGAUCUCACACUCACUGCUUGUAUAUUAAGCACUUAAGGUGUAUGCAGCUUUACACGACCCAGUCCCCGUUCUUAGCGCUGGUCCUUCCCACCGGUCUUUCACGUGGACAUUCUGAGUCAUCGUCCAGAUGGAUGCUCAAGCUGCGCUACUUCGUGACCAGUCAGCGGGGCGUUGUCUUCAUUUUAGCCAUGCAUGUUAU